CUAUCCUCGCACCCAAGUAGAGCACCCACUCAACUCAUGUCCAGUCACUGGGCUUCACUUCCGCACCUCCUCUUCUUCUGCCUUUCACCCUUUUCUAUCCCAUCGCAAACUCGAGAAUUGUUUUGCCUGUCACCUGCCUCAAUCAUAGGGCAGUUCCUUUCCAACGAGGCCGAUUCUCCCGACGAUACCCCAGACACCCUUCUCCAGCCCGCUUCGCAUCCUGUUCCCCUCUCCUGCAAAUUUCUCCCCCACCAUAAUCCCCACGACGUCAUUCGAGAACACAAGUGUGCAUCGUUCAACACCACCGCAACGCCUUUGGCUACGAACUCAUAUGACUUGAAUAUUCUGAGGCCUUGUGAAGAAUGAAGCAUUCUCUUGGUAAUGCCCUGCGUACGCGCACAGGCAGUCGUUCAUCCACCGAGGAAACCAGAGAUCAGGUCGAGGGCGACGAUACCACCAUCGUCGAACCCGAGCAAGGAAAUGUUCUCACUCACAUCAUUUCCCAGCUGCGGCCGGGCGCAGACCUCUCCCGUGUCACUCUGCCUACAUUCAUUCUCGAAGAACGAUCAAUGUUGGAAAGAAUUACAAACUUCAUGGCCCACCCCGAGACCCUCCUGCCCAUGCCAGGAAUUGAUGACCCCGUCGAAAGAUUCGUGUCUGUGGUCAAGUUUUACCUAAGUGGAUGGCAUAUCAAGCCACCUGGCGUCAAGAAACCCUUGAACCCCAUCCUUGGUGAGACCUUCACCUGUUACUGGGAGUAUCCGGAUCACACUCGAGGCUAUUAUAUCUCUGAACAAACUUCACACCACCCUCCCAAGUCGUCCUACUUUUUCAUAGCGCCUGAACACCAGAUCCGCGUUGAUGGCACCUUGAAACCCAGAAGCAGAUUCUUGGGCAACUCAGCUGCUAGUCUCAUGGAAGGUAUAUCAUACCUGAGGUUUUUGAACCGAGGGACGUCGAAAGGAGGAGAAAAAUAUAUCCUUACGCAACCUAACAUGUAUGCGAGAGGAAUUCUCUUUGGAAAGAUGAAGUAUGAACUCGGAGAUCACUCUGUUGUCCGGUGUCCCGAAAACAACCUAGCGGCAGACAUCGAGUUCAAAACGAAAGGUUGGGUUGGAGGCACCUAUAAUGCUAUCGGAGGUACCAUCAAAAAUGACAAGACUGGAGAAGUUCUAUAUGAGCUAUCUGGCCUGUGGACAGGGGAAAUGUUCAUCAAAGACACCAAGACCGGCCGGAGGAAAUUGUUGUUCGAUGCAACCAACGCGAAACAUACCCCUCCUUUAACGAGACCGAUCGAAGAGCAAGGAGAAAGAGAAUCACAAAGGCUCUGGCUAAGUACUGUUAAAGCUGUCCAUGUGGUAGACCAUGAGCAGGCCACCCUCGAAAAGGCAAAGAUCGAGGAUCGACAGCGAGAAGAAGCUAGAAAGCGAGAAGAGACUGGUGAAGAGUGGUUGCCAAAGCUGUUCCGCAGGGUGGAAGCUGGCCCUGGGGGAUCAGAGGAGGGAGAGGCCGACCUGGAGUGGAUCAUCAAUGCAGAAUUGGAUACAUCCGAUCCUAAAAAAGUCAUCGAUCAAGUCCUUUCGAUAGCACCUAUACUGCCUGGACAAGGAGCGCGUCAAGGGCAGGGGGCCCCAUCCCAGACAGUUCCUGACACUUCGGAAAAUUCAUCGGAAGCCCAGGCACAGCCUUCGGCGUCCUCAAAUGCCAAUGCAUCCCAUGGAGCCAACUUGAUUGAUCUGGAGUCUCGGCCCUCUAGUACUGCACCCCCAGAAGCGACAAAAAAGAGUGAUCCCAUAGCAGGAAACCCCCUUCACCCGACAUCCGACCCCCAGCCGACAACAGGACAGCAGAACAAUACACCACGUGAUGUCAGCUCCUCAUCCACCAACUUGAUGGACGGUGAAGAUGACAUGACUCAUCUCAGCAAUCAAACGUCGGGCAUGAACCUGCAGCAGCCGCUAGUGCCUGCAGGCCAGGCGCCUCUCAAGCGUGCUGAUACGGAGACGAGUGAUGUUGAUGUUUUUGUAGAUGCGGAAUCGUAACAAGGACACGAAUCAGAAAGUAAUGUGCAUGGACGACGCCAGGGACACCAGAAGGCUUGAUGGAGGGCAUUUGUUAAACAACACGACGAGAUACCACAGCGCAAAACAUGAUGGCCGAGUCAGAAAGGAAGAUGGCUAUUAUAUCCCGGCAGCGAGCGAGCUAAAUGAGCGCCCAUGAUAGAGUAUCAUGUCUUCUCUCUAGUAUACCGGUGUCUCUUUUAUGGGAUGUGUUAGUAGAGGCCAACUUCUCAGAACCAUUGGUCCAACCCUAAACGCCAGUGGGCUGGCGAUUCUUCUUCAA